CGCGUUUGAAUACCUUACACACCAGCAGCACCCAUGUCCAAUCCAGGUUAGAUCUGUCCCCUGUCGAACAGUCUCCCUCCCCGCCCCCGUUAGGCAAAUGGACGCGUAGGGCAGCCGCCGGGGCGUAUAAAUGGGACUGAGAGCCGACGACAGCUUGUAAUGCUGCGCCGGGUGCGGCAGUCUCUCCGGCAGGUGCUGUUCCUGAUGGCCCGGAGACCGGGUCUCCUCUGCGGGGCUAUCGUACUCGGCGUCCUGCUCGUCCUGGCCGUCAAAUUCACAUGCAGCCGUGCCAAUAAUGUGGUGGCACCAGCUCGGCCUCCGGUGCGGUUCUUCUCUGCCGAGGCCCCGGUAGUGGACCUCUAUUUGGGCCAGCUAGACCAGGUGGAGCGUCUCAGGAGCGUGGCGGAGGUAUCGCUCAUCUUCUUCUACGCACCGUGGUGUGCUCACUCCAUGGCUGCCCGGCAGGAAGUGCAGCAGGUCGCUAAGAAGCUGGCCAAACAGGUGCAGUUUGUGGCUGUUAACUGCUGGUGGAGUCAGGGGAAAUGCAGGAAGCAGAACCGCUUCUAUCAGUACCCGAUCAUCCACUUGUUUUACAGAAGGUUUGGGCCUAUAGAGUACAAAGGUCCAUUUGUGGCUCCAUAUGUGGAAAGUUUUAUCCUCAGAGUCAUCACACCACUCAUUUACCUCCCAUCCAGAGCCACACUUGAAGAGUUCCUCUCCUAUCACGAGCCUCGAGUGGUGGGUUUCUUCCAGUUUAACUCCUCACCACAGCCGCCGGGGUACAUCACAUAUCUGUCUUCUGCCCUGCAGGCCCUAAAAAGGGAUUUCCGCGGUGUUGUACGUUUCGGGGUUGUGACCAACAAACAGGUGGCAGAGGCCCUUUCACUAGAAGACGAAACAGUUUACCUUUCCCGAAGAUUAAACUCCUCUUUGAUUUUCCCUCGAAGGGAACGUAACUUUACAUCGGAGGCCAUCUGUAGCUGGGUGUUUGAACACCACGAGACCGUCCUCCAUUGGCUGCAGCCUCCAGGAACAAAGUCCCGCCUCCUGGAACAUGAGCUGACUAAAGGUCCGGCACUUCUGCUGUUCCUGCCACACAAUCCACUCGGGUCCAGUCCCAAUCCCCUACUACAGCAGGUUGCAGACAUUGCUGUGCGCUAUCAUUCCUGUGAUAACAGCAACCACUCCAGCUUGGACAACAGCUUCACCUCCCACUCGCUGUGCUGCCAGUCAGUUCUCCUCCCAGAGUCCAGUACAAGUGUGUGUGAGGUGUGCCUCAGCUUGUCACGGUCGAUCCUGACCAGCUCCUCCGUAUGCUGCUCGUUCCCCUCCGUGGCGCAGGGAGGAGACGUGUCGCAGUCUUAUCUCAGGCACUGCUGCCUACACCGAGAAUCUGCCGCCUUGUCCAUAAAGGACACAAACUCAGUUGGCUGUAGCAACUUUCUGAGCAGCUACAGCCCAUUUAGUCAAUACAGUGCCUGCUGUAGAAAAGUAGAACCUCAUCUCAAUGAAUCACAAGCCAAAGAGGAUCCAGACAUGCAAGGAGGUCCCUUUACUCCUCCUUCUUUGUCCAUGCCUCCAUCCUCUGGCCCUCAGCAGGGAGGAGACGGCAUCACGGGGCUCCGGUGUCAGACCAACAGGACGCUCAGGUUUUAUGUGUUGGAUGUUGCCCUGAACUGGCCUCUGGCGGUGAGGCUUGGAGCAACCGGCAACAGAAGUGCUUCUCUUCACCAGGAGGCCGGCUCACAAGGUGAUGGGAGCAGCGACGGGUCGUUUGCAGCUAUAGUGAACCUGAAGGAUGAGGUUCAUUAUGUUCUCCACCGCAGUCCAGCAGCCACACUGACGGAGUCUCUGGAGGCCUUCAUCAGGAACUUCAGUGCUCCAUACAGCCUCUUGCAGAGACACCUGGUGGGAGAGGACGACAGGAAAGGAGGGGAGGGGAAAAGCAAGCAUCCAGACAAACACCAGCACUCGCCCUCAAACCCCCUCAUCACAGAACUGACCACAUCCUCCUUCCUACCUUCCGUCAUGGACCUCCAAAAGGAUGUGCUGCUCUUCUACUACACUCAGUGGUGUGGAUUCUGCUCCGUUCUCAACCACAUCAUCAUCCAGCUGGCCAGAUUAUUACAGGGAAACAGCACCAUCACUGUCGCCAGGGUGAAUGUGGCACGUAACGACCUUCCAUGGGAGUUCAUGGUGGAUCACGUUCCCUCCAUUCUCCUCUUUCCCAAAUACAGAAAACAUUUUAGUGUGAAGUUUCCUGACGACCUGCCCAUCACAUUACCCAACCUCCUUCACUUCAUCCUGCAGCACUCCGGCUCUGUGCAAUAUGCAGACAAACCGGUGACAGCUUCUGGCGAGGCAGAGGGUCCAGGACCCAGUGGCGUCUUCCGUGCUGAGUUUCUGGCACUCCAGCGUGAGGUCCAAGCGCUGCGUCACGCCCGCGAACGUCUCUCCCAGCAGCUGGCGCAGCUGUGGCGUGACAACCGGCGGCUGACGUUUGACACUCGCAGCUUGGAGGCUCAGAACGCAGAGCUGCAGCAAGAAAGGCAGAGCUUGGAGGAGCAGCACCGGGAGAAAAGCCGGCAGCUCGGGGAGGCGGUGAGACGGCUGCAGGAGCUGGCAGACACUUCUGAAAACCUGCUGAAUGAGAACACACUGCUCAGGUUCCUGCUGAGGGCGCUGAAGGACAGGACGGAGGCUAAAGAGCAGGCGGAGGUGGAGAGGAAAGAGGCAGAACAGAAAAGAAGCCAUAUGGCCUCCUGACCACAAGUCUGCUGGGAAUCCUGAGAGCGAGAGAAGAGGAAAGAAGGAAAUGAAGCGAGGACUGAAAUGGAUGAGAAAAAGCGAUGGUUAGACCUGAGAUGUAGUGAAACGGGGGAUUUUUAAGAUGAAUGAAGCUGAGAUGAGGAGGUCAUGUAAUUCCCAGAGGGCAAUGACCUAAUGAGUUCUAUUCUGAGAGAAAAUGCGGAUGAAAUGACAGUUCAUGAUCUGUCAGAAGAAAAACUAAGGCUGCUGUUAAGUCAGGACAGAAGUAAGGAAGCACUUAAAUGAAAACAAUGUGUAGAGAGGGAAACAGCUGUGUUUGCCAGAGACGCAAUACUCUCAAGUGCUGUGAUGAUGGUGUGAUCAUCCACUCUUAGAAACACACUAGAAUGGAAAUUAAGUGCCAACUGUCCAAUUCAAACUACUCAGUUCUGAUGCUGCGCUUGCAAAAAUGUAAUGUCUGUUGACGGGUGAAAUUGUGAUCUGAGUUAAACGUGCUACACAGACCCUGCAGCCAAAGUCUCUACCUUCAUCAAAUUACUGUGAAUUCUCAAGUAAAAGCCGGUAUUCAAAUAUAAUGGCUGAGUCUCCAAUAGUAGCCAGGUGUGAGGCCAGCACGAACAAAUAUACUCCAGGUAAAGUAAAACAUUAAGGGGUUAAGAUUACCCGUAGAUUACUACAACAGCAACUUCCACAGUAUUAAUUCCAUCAGUACAAUAUGUACUCACCAAUCUGCUGUUCUCAGUUUCUCUUUUUCUACAGAAAUGUUUGCCUCCUCUGCCUUACUCCUGAUCGAUAUAAAGGUACCAUCAACAAAACUCAACACUUCCUGAUGUUUUUCAAAUUAAAAGUCUACCAAUGAAAGGAAGGGUGCCGGAGGAAGUGUCGAGUUUCAUUCUUGGUAAAUCUGUUUAGGGAGGAAAAAGGCAAAGUGGAACGCCUGACAUGACUCCUGCUUCGGACGAAAGGUAAACAUGGAGGAAGUUUGAGUUUGGAACAAGGAAUAUUUGAAAUAAGAACAUGGUUCUCUCUGCCACAGACAUAAUUAUGAAUGCUGCUAUUUGAGAAUUUACAACAUGCACUCACCUGCAUGACUACAGAUCAGUGAUGUAGAAUUUGGCUGCAGGGAGACAGGGCUACUAAUGAAGCUGAGAUUUAUUUAAUACUGAAGAUGAAGGCACCUACUCACCGAUCUGUAGGUCAGCCUAAGAGCACUUGAAAUUAUUAGCAAGAUUUUUUUUUUUUUUUUUGAAGGGGAUAUAGCUCUUUUGUUAAACUGAUCUAUUUUUACAGGAAUCAUUGAGUCACUAAAAUAUUUCUUUGUAACUAUUCAGGUAUUACGAAUGAGAUGCUGCAAUUGUUUACAUGUGAAAUAUUGCACCUGUUUUUACUGAUUAAAAAUCUUUC